CCUAACAAUUUCUUUCCCCCAUCCCUAACAGGCUAACACUUCUUCCUCCGCCUUUUUCAUUCUGCUGUCUGUUGUAUCCACAAUAUUCACUCUCCUUAAACCCUAGAAACAGUAAAGCAGCCCUUUUCCCCCUUCUUCAUCUUCUGCACAAAGGGUUUCGCUUCUCUCGCCUCCGUGAUUAUCAGGUAUUAGACAUUCAGAAAGAGCAUAACUGGUCUUUCAACAUUUUGGUGGUUUUCGUGAGAGGGCUUUAAUUCUUCAGCUUUUCGUCUUUUGAUUUUUCCCAAUUAUGUAGUAGCGAGGGAAUGGGGUGUAGAAGUCUGAUCAAUAAUGAGUUUGAUUUCUCAAAAUGCACUCGGUGCGAAGAAGCGCGUCAAAGUUGCAAGAGAUGAGACUGAUGAACCUAUGGUUCAAGUAAGUGAUGAAGAAACCGAGGCCUCAAAGGAUUCCGAUGCUGGGUUAAAGAGUAAAAAGAGAAAGAAAGAGGUAAAUGAAAAGGAAAAGGAAUUUCAUGUUAAACAGGAGAAGGAAAUGAAGAGGUUGGAGAGCUUCUUGUUUGGGAACCUUUAUUCACCCGUUGUGUUUGGAAAGGAAGAGGAAGACAAAACUGAAGAAGAAGCUUUGUUCAUUACAGAUAGAUCUGGAAUGAAGGGAAUGAACAGUGAUGAAGAUGUAGAAUCUGACGAGGAAAGCGGUGAUGAAAUAGAAUUGAAGGGUCGAAAACCCGCAUGGGUUGAUGAAGAUGAGAGUAAGAUAACUGUGGAUAUAGCUAAGUUGAACAGAUUGAGGAAAUUAAGGAAAGGUGAAGAGGAGACUUCAAUUUUGGCUUCAGAUUAUGUAGGAAGGUUGAGAGAUCAUCAUCUUAAGUUGAAUCCAACCCCGGGUUGGGCUGAAGUUGGUCCCAGGUCUGGAGAUGGAUCUGAUUCAGAUAACGAGUCUGCAGAUGGUAGUUAUGAUUUGCUAAGAACAAAUGAAGAUAUUGUUGUUAACCAUGGGGUGAAGCUCUUACCUGGGCUUCUUGAAUUCUCGAGACUGGUGGAUGCAAAUGCUGAGGACCCGUCUAAUGGUCCAAUAAAUUCAGUCCAGUUCCAUAGAAAUGGACAGUUGCUACUCUCUGCUGGGUUGGAUCGUAGGCUGAGGUUUUUCCAGAUUGAUGGGAAACGGAACACCAAGAUACAGAGCAUGUUCCUUGAGGAUCUUCCUAUCCGAAAGGCUUCUUUCUUACCAGACGGAUCCCAGGUUAUUGCUGCAGGAAGAAGAAAGUUCUUUUACAGCUUUGAUUUAGAGAAAGCAAAGGUUGAUAAGAUAGGGCCCUUAACUGGUCGGGAGGAGAAGAGUUUGGAAGUAUUUGAGGUUUCUCCUGAUUCUAGUACAAUUGCUUUUGUGGGUAGUGAAGGUCAUAUCUUGUUGGUCUCGACCAAAACUAAAGAGCUUAUUGGCACAAUGAAGAUGAACGGGACUGCACGAUCUCUAGCUUUCGCUGAUGGUGGACGCCAAUUGUUGAGCUCUGGGGGUGACGGGCAUAUCUACCAUUGGGAUUUGAGAACAAGGACUUGCAUCCACAAAGCUGUAGAUGAAGGUUGCAUGACUGGACAUUCCCUUUCUACAUCGCCAAAUGGAUCCUUGUUUGCCGCUGGUUCAGAUAGUGGGAUAGUGAAUAUUUACAAUAAAAGCGAGUUCCUAGGGGGGAAGAGAAAACCUGUCAAAACUGUAGAGAAUCUGACUACGAAAGUUGAUUUCCUGAAGUUCAACCAUGAUUCACAGAUAUUGGCUAUAUGUUCUAGCAUGCAGAAGAACAGCUUAAAACUCGUUCACAUUCCUAGUUAUACUGUUUUCUCGAACUGGCCUCCUGCAAAUAGGCCCUUACAUUUUCCUCGCUGUCUGGACUUUAGUCCUGGUGGAGGUUUUAUGGCUGUGGGCAAUGCAGCUGGGAAAGUAUUCUUAUACAAGUUGCAUCAUUACCGACAUGCGUAAAGUGAUGGACUUUCUCCUUGAUAUUUUUCCUUGUGAAAACGGGGAAUCGGUUAUCCAGUUACUAGAAGUUAAUGAUGAUAGUUGCUGAUAAAAGUGAAAAGGUAAGGAUGGUUUAUUGAUCUUCAUCAAUAUUUUUUUUUCUUCGAGUGUUUAAUUUUCUGGUGUUUGUUUGAGAAUUGUAUCGGUAGUUAACUAGCAUAAGUGGUUCUUCUCUUAUGUAUAAUUUUCGUUGGAUAAACAUAGUUUGGUCAGAACACUCGGAACCCUUUAAAUUUUGUUGGUUCAUUAAAUCCUUGGCAUACUGUUGCUUCAGCGUUCCGUUUGUGUUUUUGAAAUACACAACUUCAUUUCGGAUGUCUCA